AAGUAAAAUGUAUUAAUAAAGCAAUGAAGAAAAUUGGGCUACAUGGAUACUACGCAGUUAUCAAGAAAUAUAUAUUCCGAGGAUUAAGUUUUUUUGGAACACCCUAACUUUAAUUCACUUCCGGCGUCGUGUCAGAUUGAUUGACAAAUGAAGCAUUAUUUUGUAGUUAGGUAAAAAACAGUUUCUUAAAUUUAUUAUUUUCAAUAAGAUGGAAAACGAAAGUAUUGUUCUUUUAAGUGUUCCGUGCACACAGCAAAUAUGUGAAUCAAAUACGCAUGUUGUCAUUAAAGAGAAAUUCAACAGACGAAGACACCAUGCUCAUGAUCAACAAAUAAAUGCCAACUGGGAUAAAAGAGUAAGAGAAAAUCCAAAAAUCUUUAACGGAACAAAGUUUCGCUUGUCAUCUGUAUCAUUGUCUGGCAAUGCACUGCGUUUGGAUUUGGGACUAACAUGUUACAAAGAUUUCCUUGGGACAAAUUGGUCAGAGAAUUCGAAGUCUUUAGCAAAUGAUGGUGUCAGAGAUUUUCAAGACAGUCAAGCAUACAUGUCUGAUCCACUCGGGGUCGGUGCUAUUGUUCUGACUACAGACAAUAAGGCCAUGUUUCUGAAGAGGAGCAAACAUUGUGCUGAAGCUCCAGAGUUGUGGGAUGUCCCUGGGGGUCACCCAGAGCCUCAGGAAGUCAUUGGCAAAAUUCCUUUAGAAGAGAUAAAAAUGUCCGAGCUGAAUGACCAGAGAGUAGUGAGGGAGCUUUAUGAUUCCAUCCUGAGAGAAGUAGUGGAUGAAGUUAAUGUUCCAAUCAGUUCUCUAUCACAGCCAAACUUUAUAGGCGUGGCCCAGAAUAUCUCUGCUGGGAAGCGACCAAGUAGUGAAUUCAUCAUCAGCUGCAGCUUGUCAUCCACAGAGGUGAGGGACCUCUACAACAAAGGGAGCCAGGAGGAGGCGGAGGAGUCCACCCACAUCCAGUUUGUUGACCGAGAGACUGUGCUUGAUUUGACCCCUGACACUGACAUGUGGAGCACUCUUGCUCCAUCAGCCAAAGGCUGCAUCAUGUUGUAUAAACUCCACAAUGGAUGAAAGCUUUUAUUCAAGUCUAAUGUUUUCCUUUUAUAAAAUUAAUGAAUUACUGGUCAAAGAAUUUCUUUGAUUGGUGAUUUAUAUUACCUGCCUUUGGUGCAAGAAAAAAUAAAUGAACAGCUUUAACAUUUUAAGUUCCUUUUAAUAUGAAUUUUUUCUAAUUAUUCAAUGAUUGGCAAUGACAUACCUUGAUAUAAAUCAAUCAAAACAUCAAA